AUGUUGCAGAAAAAAUUAAUUGUACCACUACAGGUCAAAAUAUUACCAGCAAUUAGCAGGAGAUCACAUCAAUCAUCUUUUCAAAGUAUCGUACACAAAAUUUCCAUACAAAAUAAACAGCAGAAUCAUGGAAUAUCAUUCAAAACCACCAAUGUACUUACAACCAAAUGUAAUUUUGUUACUUGCACUUCACGUUCGUACUCCACAUUUACAUCACACGGAAAUGACACCACAACUGCUAGUAAAAAACCAAAAAAAUCAAUAUGGAAACAAAUUAAAAAAUUCACUACAUUCACUGCCUCUAGUGCCUUGGUAAUAGGUGCCCUCUCUUUAGCCACAAUAGUUUUAUAUUUAAUCAUUAGCGAAUUAUUUUUACCCUCUGGUGACACCCAAAUUUUUAAUCGCGCAGUCAAUUUGAUUGAAGCUGACGAAGUGUCCAGAAAAUUACUACAGUGUAAUGAUCAUAUAGGGGAAGAUAAAAGGGAAAACAGAGAGCGUCUAAAGGCUUACGGAGAAACUAUUUCUGAUAAUAGAUGGGCUAGAAAUAGACCUGUUCAAUCUACAAGAACUGUUGGCCAAGAUGGCAAAGAACUUUUUUUUUUAAGGUUUCACGUUGAAUCUAAUAAAAAGAUAGGUACUGUGACUUUGGAGGCUAAAGAAUCCAAUGAACAUUAUCAGCCAGACUUUGUGUUUCUGUGCUUGGAUGUUCCUGGUGAAAAAAGACAUUAUUUGAUUAGACCAAUUCCCCAAUUUGUACCAAAACCUAAAGGUACUGGAUUUUUGGGAUUGUCAUGGGGCCCAAAGAAAUAA